GUACAAGGAGCUCAUGCAAUGGGGCACAGGGAGCGUGCAAGUGACGGGCUCUUCGUGACCGACUACUUCACCCGCACACCACGCAAGCUCAGCCCCUUCCGCUCCUUUGCCAGCAUCGAGCUCUUCCACUUCCACAUCCCCGAGGACACGGUCAUCGCCGUCUGGAACCUCAUCACCUUCAAGGAGCAGGGUGGCACCUUCGGGGACCAGUGCCCAGACCGCAGCAUCACCGUGUAUUUCCGCUCAGGGGCUCCUCCUGUCAUUAACCCGCUGCACACGCACUUCCCCAGGGACACGGCUGUCCCUGGCUCCUUCGCGCUGACGCUCACGUGGACCCUGCCGAACCGGACCACGGGGGUGUUCAAUGUCACCAGCCCGCUGCCCGGGGACUGGUUCCUGGCUGCCCACCUGCCCAAAGAUGAGGGCAAGAUCUCUGUCAAGGGGCUCUACGAGGAGUGCCAGUAUCUCUUCCAGCCGCAGCUCAUCGUGCAGCGCCUGGUGAACAUCGCCGUGCUGUACCCCGGCUACGCCAGCGAGCAGAGCAUGGCCCCCCACAACCGCUCCUGCCUCUACAAGGUGUUCGUGCCCAGCUACACGUGGCGCGUGCAGGUGGAGGUGCUGCGGUGCCGCGGCGCCGGGGGCUGCCCGCUGUGGCUGCGCGUGCGGGCCAAGGCGCCGCCGCUGCACAACUCCACGGCGCUGGACUGCCGGGAGCAGGCGCCGUGCCGCCUGGCGCUGGACCUGCCCUUCUGGCAGCACUGGUACUACGUGCUGGUGGAGAGGCACCCCGGCGUGCCCGGCACCGUCUCCUUCCAGCUCACCGUGCAGCUCACAGACUGCUCCAGAGCCAGCGUGGCCCGGCCGCCCUUCCUGCCCCCCAGUGCCUCCAUGAACAUGCCGCACUCCUUCGGCUCGGCGGGCGGCUUGGCCCUGGCCGACAGCCCCCCGCCCGCCGGCCCCAACAGCACCCGGCAGCCGAGCGGCGCCCCCGCGGCGCUGCCGGCGGGCGAGCGGUGCUGGCCCGUGCGGCCCACGCUGCGCAACGAGCUCGACACCUUCUCCGUCCACUUCUACAUCUUCUUCGGGCCCAACGUGUCGGUGCCGCCCGACCGCCCCGCUGUCUUCGUCAUCAACCUGCUGCCCGUGCUGGACAGCGGCGGGGUGCUCAACCUGGAGCUGCGGCUCAACGUGAGCUCCCUGUGCGGUGAAAACGUGACGGUGUUCGGGUGCCUCAACCACGAGGUCCCGCUGACGUCCGGGGACAACGCGUCCGUCACCUGCGCCACAGAGUCCCUGGCGGGUUUCCUGCUCUCCGUCAACGCCUCGGCCAGCCUGAGCCGCCUGCGCAUCCCCUACCCACAGACGGGCAGCUGGUACCUGAGCCUGCGCUCCCUCUGCGCCACGGAGCACGGGUUCGAGCCCUGCGCCAACGUGACGGCUGAGGUCUACCUGCGCGCCUACCUCUCGCCCUGCAUCGACGACUGCGGCAUCUACGGGCAGUGCAAGCUGCUGCGCACCAACAACUACCUGUACGCUGCCUGCGAGUGCAAAGCAGGCUGGAAUGGCUGGGGCUGCACGGACAACGCUGAGGCCUUCUCCUACGGCUUCCAGCUCCUCUCCACGCUGCUGCUGUGCCUCAGCAACGUCAUGUUCGUGCCUCCCGUGGCCAUCGCCGUUCGCAGCCACUACCUCCUGGAAGCCGCUGUCUACAUCUUCACCAUGUUCUUCUCCACCUUCUACCACGCCUGCGACCAGCCGGGCAUCGUGGUCUUCUGCAUCAUGGAGUACGACGUGCUGCAGUUCUGCGACUUCCUGGGCUCCCUCAUGUCCGUCUGGGUCACCGUCAUCGCCAUGGCCCGUCUCCAGCCCGUGGUGAAGCAGGUGCUGUACCUGCUGGGCGCCAUGCUGCUCUCCAUGGCUCUGCAGAUGGACCGCCACGGCCUCUGGAACCUCCUGGGGCCCAGCCUCUUCGCCUUAGGCAUCAUGGCCAUCGCCUGGACGACUCGCACGAUCCGCCGCCGCCACUGCUACCCGCCGACGUGGAAGCGCUGGGCGUUCUACCUGUGCCCCGGCGCGCUCAUCGCCGCCGCCGCCGUGCUGCUCUACGCCUUCGUGGAGACCGAGGAGAACUACUUCUACAUCCACAGCAUCUGGCACCUGCUCAUCGCCGGCAGCGUGGGCUUCCUGCUGCCGCCGCGCGCCAAGGCCAGCGCGCGCCUGGGGCCGCUGCCCCGCCGCAAGGGCUGCGGCUACCAGCUCUGCGUCAACGAGCAGGAGGAGCUGGGCCUGGUCGACCCCGCCGUGGCCUCCAUCAACAGCAUCUGCACCAGCUGAUGCCACCAUCCCGGACUCCUCAGUGCUGGAAUGCUCCGGCGGGAGGCACGGACAGCAGCCCCGUGCGACCAGGAAGCUGCUUCCUGCCUGCACGGGCUUUGCCCGGUGCUCCAGAUUCCGGGCAGGAUGAGUGCUGUGGGCACCUUGUCCGGGCGCAGCUGCGCUGCCCGUCCGGGAGCACCAGGACUCCUGCGGGUGGGCGCAGAGCCGCCAGUGCCCCCUGUUACUGCAAUUACAGCCUGGCUGAACUUGUUUCCAGGAGUUGCUGUAGUUCGGUCCGGUGCAGGACGGGGGGUCUGGAUGAGGAGGUGGCGCUGGGGGUGCCGGAGCAGCCCUGGCCGGGCUGGUGCCCUCCUGGCCAUGCUCACCUCUUCUCCGGGCAUCUGGAGACCUGACUGGGGAUGGAGGAAUGGGAUUCCUGGGCUGCGGGUGUCAUACGGGUCCCUCAGCACCAGCCUCGGGUUGGGGCUCCCUGGACUGUGUCUGUCUAGGGCUUGGAGCCAUGAGGGGCGUUUGCAGGGCAGACUGGAACAUGAUCCGUCUGUGCUGCUAUGGAACGGCCCUCACAGCCCGAGGACGUGGA